GAGAGUCGGAAGCGCGGCGAGGCCGGGCGAGGCGGCAGCGGCGGGCCCAUGCAGGACGCGGAGAACGUGGCGGCGCCCGAGGCGGCCGAACCCGGGGAGCAGCAGCAGCCGGCCGCAGAGCCGCCGCCGGGGGAGGACCUGCCGCGGCCCGCGGGGUCCGGCGCGCAGGAGGCGGCGGGCGGCGAGGACGCGGAGGCCGGGUCGGAGCCCGACGUGCUGGCCAAGCCGGCCGAGCCCGCGGCCGACGGGGAGGAGAGGGCCGCCUCGGCCCCCGGCUCGUCCCCGCCGCCGCCGACUGAAGAGCCCCCCGCCCCGGCCGCGGGUGAGGCCCCGGAGGAGCUGGCCGGGGACGCGGCUGCCGAGGCCCGGUCCGAGGGGGCGGGCGGGGAGGACGGCGGCGCAGACGAGCCCUCCUUCAGCGACCCCGAGGACUUCGUAGACGACGUGAGCGAGGAAGAGCUGCUGGGGGACAUUCUCAAGGAUCGGCCCCAGGAGGCCGAUGGGAUCGACUCGGUGAUCGUGGUGGACAACGUCCCUCAGGUGGGGCCUGACCGCCUGGAGAAGCUCAAAAACGUCAUCCAUAAGAUCUUCUCCAAGUUUGGGAAAAUCACAAAUGAUUUUUACCCGGAGGAGGAUGGGAAGACAAAAGGGUAUACGUUCCUGGAAUAUGCGUCUCCUGCCCAUGCCUUGGACGCCGUGAAGAAUGCUGAUGGCUACAAGCUGGACAAGCAGCACACAUUCAGGGUCAACCUCUUCACGGACUUUGACAAGUAUAUGACCAUCAGUGAUGAGUGGGAUAUUCCAGAGAAACAGCCCUUCAAAGACCUGGGAAAUUUACGGUACUGGCUUGAAGAGGCAGAGUGCAGAGACCAGUACAGUGUCAUUUUUGAGAGUGGGGACCGAACUUCCAUAUUCUGGAACGACGUGAAGGAUCCUGUCUCCAUCGAAGAGAGAGCGAGGUGGACGGAGACGUACGUGCGCUGGUCCCCCAAGGGCACCUACCUGGCCACGUUCCAUCAGCGAGGCAUCGCUCUCUGGGGCGGGGAGAAGUUCAAGCAAAUCCAGAGAUUCAGCCACCAGGGGGUUCAGCUCAUUGACUUCUCGCCUUGUGAGAGGUAUCUAGUGACAUUCAGCCCCCUGAUGGACACUCCGGACGACCCUCAAGCCAUCAUCAUCUGGGACAUCCUGACCGGACAGAAGAAGAGGGGUUUCCACUGCGAGAGUUCAGCCCACUGGCCGAUCUUUAAGUGGAGCCACGAUGGUAAAUUCUUCGCCAGAAUGACCCUCGACACUCUUAGCAUUUAUGAAACUCCUUCUAUGGGCCUGUUGGACAAGAAGAGCUUGAAGAUCUCCGGCAUAAAGGACUUUUCCUGGUCUCCUGGGGGUAACAUCAUAGCCUUUUGGGUGCCUGAGGACAAAGAUAUCCCAGCCAGGGUCACCCUGAUGCAGCUGCCCACCAGACAAGAGAUCAGGGUUCGGAAUUUGUUCAACGUGGUGGACUGCAAGCUGCAUUGGCAGAAAAAUGGGGAUUAUUUGUGUGUCAAAGUGGAUAGGACCCCCAAAGGGACCCAGGGUGUUGUCACAAAUUUUGAAAUCUUCCGAAUGAGGGAAAAACAGGUGCCUGUCGACGUGGUGGAAAUGAAAGAAACCAUCAUAGCCUUUGCUUGGGAGCCAAACGGGAGUAAGUUUGCCGUGCUGCACGGGGAAGCUCCGCGGAUAUCCGUUUCCUUCUACCACGUGAAGAACAAUGGGAAGAUCGAGCUCAUCAAAAUGUUUGACAAGCAGCAGGCAAAUACCAUCUUCUGGAGCCCCCAGGGACAGUUCGUGGUGUUGGCUGGCCUGAGGAGCAUGAAUGGUGCCUUGGCUUUCGUUGACACGUCGGACUGUACAGUCAUGAACAUCGCAGAGCACUACAUGGCCUCCGACGUGGAGUGGGACCCCACUGGGCGCUAUGUUGUCACCUCUGUGUCCUGGUGGAGCCAUAAGGUGGACAACGCUUACUGGCUGUGGACGUUCCAAGGACGCCUUCUGCAGAAGAACAACAAGGACCGCUUUUGCCAGCUGCUGUGGAGACCGCGCCCCCCCACGCUCCUGAGCCAGGAUCAGAUAAAGCAAAUUAAAAAGGAUCUGAAGAAAUACUCAAAGAUCUUUGAACAGAAGGACCGUCUGAGCCAGUCCAAAGCCUCAAAGGAACUGGUGGAGAGAAGACGCACCAUGAUGGAAGAUUUCCGAAAAUACCGGAAAAUGGCCCAAGAACUUUAUAUGGAGCAGAAGAGUGAACGUCUGGAAUUGCGAGGAGGUGUGGACACAGACGAGCUGGACAGCAACGUGGAGGACUGGGAGGAGGAGACCAUCGAGUUCUUCGUUACUGAGGAGAUCAUUCCCUUGGGAAAUCAGGAGUGACCCAAGCACUGUGCAUCCCCGCGUCACGUGCUGGAACCAGGUCGUCCUUCUGCAGGAAGCCUGCACGAUGCCUGAAUUCUUACCUGUGCUUUCUCUUGCUCUAGACUGUGUGCCCGGAUGACCGCAUCUCCACACGUUACUGUGCCUUUAGCCCCUGGUCUCCACCGCAGGGGAGGAUCGAAGGCACUGCUUUAAAUUUUUUCUUGUUUGGGAUUUUUAAAAUCACACCACCAGUGUUUGUUCCUCACACUUGUGUGCCACUGCAGGGGCCCCUCCCAUCCUCCUGAGGUGCACAGCCAAGCGACCUC